UUCCUCUGAACAUAGAAACGAAGAGUUGUUCUAGCAGUUCACUUUUGUCCCUCGUCUGCUAGAAAGGAUAUCGAAGGACGCGUUUUUUUAUCCGCGAAAGUUGACUAGGCGUGAGUGGUGCUUAGUGAGAGAGCGAAAAUAAAAGAAAGUUAAGAAUUAACCGUGUAAACCGGAAGUUUGUUCAGUCACCCCCGUGUCCAGUAGCGGGAAGAACACUGUCCUCCAGCCUGCUGUCACUGGAAGUGUGAACUACUAAGUGCGUGUGUGUGCACGCGCCUUUCUUUGGGAAUUUUUAAGAGCAAGGCUGAGCAGCAUUUGUUGAUAGUGUGAUCUUUUACCCUUUUUCGGUCGUUCUCCCCAUUGUACGGUAGCAGAGAAAAAGGAAGUUUUCAGUCGAAGAAUCAACAAUAUUGUUUGCUAGUUACGGUGUCAGUACGAAAUUCGCAGUGAAUUCUUUGGAACAAAAGAAAUCAACUAGAGAUCGAAUUUCCUCUCGAAAAGUUUUUAUUCCGAUUACGGAAGUGGAAGUGGACUGGAAGCAAAGAGUGAGAACAGCAAUCAGGGUGUGCUCCUUUAUUAGCGAGCACGCGUGUGUGUGCAUGUGUGUGUACCUUCGAAGGAUAACAAUUACAUAACAUUUCUGAAGGUACAACCCAGCAUCCGCUACCAGAAUCGGAACCUCAGAAGAAACGGAGACACUCUAACAGAUUUCCAACACCGUAGUAACCAUUAGGUGUAGUGAUACCGGAAGAUAUUCAUUUAGAAUAAAGCUUAAAGCUCUAUUUUAAGUUUAGCGUAGAAAAUAAAACACACACACAAUGGCCUUAAUCAUGAAAUACAUUGACAGUAUGCACCAUUAUAUGGAUAAGUUCGGAGACCCUCGGACAAAGGACUGGCCUCUAAUGUCGUCCCCCUUCCCCACACUAGCGCUAUGUUUAGGAUACGUUUACUUAGUCAAAGUCCUAGGUCCAAGGCUCAUGGAAAACCGCAAACCAUUCCAGCUUCGACACACCCUCAUAGCAUACAACUUCAUCCAAGUCGUGUUCAGUGCCUGGUUGUUUUACGAGAUUGGUGUAUCGGGUUGGCUAACGGGACAUUAUAACUUCCGAUGUCAGCCGGUCGACUAUAGUAACCACCCUAAAACGUUAAGGAUGGUGCACGCCUGUUGGUGGUACUACUUCUCGAAGUUCACUGAGUUCUUCGAUACGUUCUUCUUUGUGAUGCGCAAAAAAACUAGUCAAGUGUCAACGCUACACGUGAUCCACCACGGAUGCAUGCCAAUGUCUGUGUGGUUCGGCGUUAAGUUUACUCCAGGUGGCCACAGCACUUUCUUCGGACUGCUCAACACCUUCGUACAUAUCGUUAUGUACACGUACUACCUAUUUUCCGCCCUCGGACCCCAAUUCCAAAAAUACCUCUGGUGGAAGAAGUAUUUAACUACCCUGCAGAUGGUCCAAUUCGUUGCUAUUAUGGUGCAUGCUUUCCAGCUCCUGUUCAUCGACUGCAACUAUCCGAAGGCUUUCGUCUGGUGGAUCGGAAUGCACGCCGUCAUGUUCUUCUUCCUGUUCAACGAAUUCUACCAGAGCACGUACAAAGCGAACAAGGAGAGGAGAGAACGCGCGGCCGCAGCAGCUGCUUUAGCGGCGAAAGAGAAGGAAGCGGCGGCCCUGCUCAAUGGCAGUGCUGCCAACGGAAGUCUCUCAUCGAACGGCAGUGCCGUACCGCUAGCCAACGGCCAUCACCACGGGAAGAAUGGAACCGUUCAUCACUACAGCAACGGCAGCACCAACGGAUCGUUGCUGUCCAACGGGGGCACCAAGACAACCGACUACUACGUGCGGGGUGACCUACCGGCGGAGAUUGAGAUCACGCAACGACAGCCCAGCAGCCGCAAUCCGGCCCAAUAAUAGCGAAUAUUAUAACACCAGCAAACACACAUCCACAUUCUUCCGCAGUGAAAACAAAAACUUGUUUUUCCCGUUUCCCCACAAGCCACCAACAACACGUCACACUAUUACUACCCUUCCACGCACGCUUAGCAGUUUCUAUUGUUAUUAUUAAUUAAUUUAUUAUAGAAUUUCUUUAAUGUCACCCAAGCGUACCGUUCAAUUUUUGCUACUCUUCCAUUUUCCCCCAAACGCCUUUUUCGCUUGCCCCAUUCUAUUAUUCGUUCAAUCGAAACCAACAACAGAUGAUCAAUCAAAAAAAAACUUUUCUCCCUCCGAUCAAGGCAACUGUUUAAUCAAUCAUUACACAUACACACACAACCAUCAACACACCGAUUGAUGGCACUGAGACAAAAGCUAUUCUACCCUUUUUCCGUAGGAAUAUAUUUAAUUGGAGAAAGAUGAGAAAUUACUUCUUAGGCGAGUAGAGCUAAGGGUGAAUCUGUGUGUGUGUGGGUGGGUGGGUGUAUGAAAGCGAUCGAACGACUCGAGUGGUUGGGGGUGUGUGAAUGAGAACCGCAAAACAACAUUCGGCAAUAAAACAUGCUAAAAAAUAUAACACGUUGUUAAACUUGUACUGUUUUGGAUAAUGAUACAAAAGAGAAUAUAAGCUAAAAACAAUCAAAUAACAGACCGAAAGCGGUUAAAAAGUGAAGGAAAAAAAGGAAAAUCACACAAUCAUAGUAGCACAGUGGCAGUGGGUAGCAAUGGAAAUCAAGUUGCGCGAAAGCUAAACAAAACAAAACAAAAUUCUUGAUUUUUCUUAUAAUAGAGAAAAAAAAUGUUACCUUUAUUUAUAUUUUAAAUAAAGUUAGUAACGUGUGUGGCAAGUAGACAAACAGAUAGCAGCAGCUAAUAGUGUGCGUGUGUGUGUUUUUUUUUGUUUCAUUUAUUGAGCAUAGUGUGAGUGCGUAAAAUGGCUGAAUGUGUGCGAUUGGUAAAUAUUCUUGUACAUAGUUUAGCUAACCUAAAGAUUGUAGACGUAAGCUUAAGGAUUCAAAGUAAACACUGAGGAUAAUGGUGAAGACUCUAUUAAGAAAAUUAAACAAACAAAGAUAGGAACGGAAACAGCAGCAGUAGCUGGUCAUAAUCUAUUGCGCUUUUCUAAGUGCUAAGUAGGGUACGUACUUUUUGCAUUCAAUGGCUGGUUGUCCUUCAAAGCAUUAUUUGGAUGAGUUUUUUUUAUUGUUGUUGGUAAUCUAUCUAUUGUUUCGUGCGGUUCUGCUUUCAAUACUAGGAAUGCGCUGUGGUUUUACUGUCUUUCCCACCAUCGUCUAUCGAAACAGUGAGAACAAAUACACACACAUAUAUACUAAUCAGGAACAGGAGAACGUAAACGGUAGUUCAGAAUAUAUACAUAAACAAAAAUGGCGCUAGCUGAGAGACAGCGCAUACUAGGAUUAGACAAACAAAAGAGAGAAAAAAACGAAGGAAAAAACUCUAAUGUGAUUUCUUUAUUUUUUGUAAGGAAAACAAAAUGGUAUGAAAAAUAUACUGUAACUGAAAAAACGCUUUGUGUCAAUGUUGCUACAGUUAUACAAGCCAUUAGUCUAGACGUCAUUUAGAACGAACAAAAAAUCCUAUCCAGGUGUAUGCGAAGGCAAAGACACACACUCGCACAUGAACAUACGUGAUCCGUUUGACACAACCUCUACAGUUGCAAUGAAGCAUCCUUGAAUUAACUAUUCAAAAUUAAACGUAGAAAAUGCGAAUUCUACACAAUUGUUUGCAAUGUUAUUUUACGCGGCAGUUCGCUAGUCGGAAAAUAUGGUACAAACUGAGAAAAUCAACGAACCGAUAGUAUUCUAAAGGGAGAGUAAGCCUGUAGAAAAGAGUGUACAAAGUAAAAAGAGUGAACCGCUAACAGCGAGAGGCUCAGGUCGAUUAGCACUCAGUUUUAAACGAGAGAAAUCGCCCAUGUUAAAUUGUUAUAUAUAAACGCUUUGACAGCAGUUCAAAGCAGUUCAUUUAUAAAAAAAAAUAUAAAACAAAACUGUGUACUAAUAGACGUGAGGGUAAUUUCCGAAUUCGGUUUGAGUUUCGCUGUCUUAACCGAUCCGGCCUUGUUCUUCCUUUAGAGUACUAUCAAAUCUUUCUUUUCUGUUAUUCAACCGAUCAUUGCUCUUGGAAUUAUUCUUAAACCGUGUGUGUUGCAUUUCGGUCGAAUGUAGAACACGCCAACAAUUUUAAAUAACAUACACAGCAGCUUCAUGUUUUGCUAAGCAUAGCACCUCAUGUGCAGUGUGUUGUUUCGGCUGAAGCCUCUAUCUGCUGCAUUAGGAAACCAAUUCAGAUCUAUAUAUUGAC